AGGCGGCGCCCCCGCGGGAAACCUAUCGCCUGCCGCCUCCUUGCGCAGGGGCAGCAACGGCCGUACACAGCGAGGGGGAGAAGCGAGCGAGCGGGGCGGCGGCGUGGCGCGCCCCCUCCGCGCGGCCCGGGGCAGAGAGCCAUGAACCUGGGAGAUGGACUGAAGCUUGAAACUGAAAUACUGGAUGGAAAGCCUAGACUAAUUUUGGCUUCUUACGUAGGUAAAUCAAAACCUGCAGUGAAGAUGGGUAAUAAAGCCAGAGUCCCUAAACAUGCCUUGAGAGUAAGGCAUACUGGGCAUGUUUCAAGGUCAACACAAAAUGACUUUAUCAAGCAUGAAAGCUUAACAGAUCCAAGGAGCGAAUCAAGUUUAUCAAUGACAAAAGGUGAAAAACUGCAAAUAACUGCAAAUAGCUCCUCACAUGAAGCCUCAACUAAAGAUCACUCUUUGAUUUUCCAAAGAGAUAACACAAGCAGAAAGCUUGAUUCAGAGAAUCUUACUGUUAGAAAAAGUAAACAGAAACCUCAAAACCCACAUACCUCAGCUGAAGACCUAAGAAGCAGCUUGGUGUGUUUAACACAAGAGCAGCUUGAACAGAUUUUGAUGACUGUAAAAGAAGGAACUAGAAGUCUGUCUGAAGUUCACAAUGAAAAGCAAGAGGAAAUGGCUGCUAAUGAGGCAUCAGAGGGAAACACUAUCGCACUGUUCCAAAAAGCUGGUGAAGUUUCGUCAGUUCCAGAUGAAGCUAACUCUGAUUCAAGCAGGAAACAAGAAGCAUAUCCACAGCCAGGACAGAAAGUUAUAAAGAAUUCAUGGAAACCUGCUGACAUGUUUAGUACCUUGGGUGAAAGAGAAGGGGAUAAAGCCUUAUUAGAAUUUAAAAAGUCCCAAUGGAAGAAGGAAUUAGAUGAACAGGUAGCUCUGAAGAAGAAACUGAAAGAAACUUUGGAGGGAGAGGUGGGUUAUUUCUGGAAAAGACCUGGCAGUGAUAAAACCUUUUCAGAAAAAAUGGGAACAGCUGACCCAGAUAAGACAGUGUUUCCAGCUCAUUCAGUUACUACUACUGAUGAAAACUGUGUCUGUAGAACUAUUUUAACCACAGAGGCUAAUGAAGUUCCACUCAGUGUUUCAAGUGGUCCAGCUGGGCAGUGUUGUGAUUUCAGGUCUUCUGACUUACCAGCUGUCAAUUACACAGCACUUGUGUUAGGGGAAGCUACACUACAGGAACAACCUUCAAGUGCUGGGAAACACGAGCAACAGAAGAAGUGGCUUGAAGAGCUGGACAAACAGAAGGAAGAAGCUAAACUACAAAAAAUAGAAGAAAAACUAAAUUUAUCAAAGGCUGAAGAGCAUGACAGAUGGGCAAUGCAUUUUGAUUCUUUAAAGAACCACCUUAAUGCUAAUGCACAACAGCCCUUAAAUGGAAUGUACAAAAAGCAGCCUGAAAGUCUUUGCCCAUCACCUGAUCCUAAGGAGCUGAGUGCUUUUAUUCACCCUUUUUCACCUGCAGCUUUAGGCAAUCUCAUACCCUCAAAGGUGGGAAAUGCAGAAAAAGCUGCUAAAAACAGUCCUUUAGAACACAGUCAGAAAGUCAGUUUCCUUCGUUCAAUGACAGCUCUCCUUGAUCCUGCACAGAUUGAAGAGAGAGAGAGGCGGCGGCAGAAGCAGUUAGAACACCAGAAAGCAAUAAUGGCUCAAGUAGAAGAAAAGCGGAAGAAGAAACAACUGGAGGAAGAGCAGAGAAAAUGGGAAGAACAAGAGGAAGAACAGCGUCUAGCACGAGAAAGAGAACUAAUGCAGAAACAGUUUGAAGAAGACCUGCUGAAACAAAAACAAAAGGAGGAACUCAUGACUCUUAAAACAAAUGAGCUCUAUCAGACAAUGCAGAAAGCUCAGGAAUUAGCACAGAGAUUAAAACAAGAACAGCGCAUUCGAGACUUGGCACAGAAAGGACACGACAUUUCAAAACUUCAGAAGAAUCUUGGUGGUGGUGAUACUGUAUUUGAAAAUUAUAAUCCUAGCAUUUCACAUCAAAGUCAUAAUUUUUCUGAUGACAUUAACAGUAAGGUUGAUCAGCAGACUUCUCCUCGGAAAGACACUGCUGUACAGACAGAUGACUUUAAUACGUCAGCAUAUGCUGAGUCAGCUGAGAAAAGAACUGUGUGUUGCGGAUCACCUGAUAUUUCCAUAGAAUAUAAAGAAACCUCUAACAGCAAAAAAUGCCAGAAAGAAAUGCAGUAUACAGAUAAAAAUAAAAUUGCAGAAAAAGAGAAUGACGACAUUUGCAGUGAUCUAUAUGAACAAUUUGCAAGAAAAGACAGACAAGUUAAACCUGUGGAAAAAUGUGGCAAAAGACCUGACUGGAACAUAAACAAACCUGGGAAAAGAUACAUUCCAGCAUCAGAAAGAUACCCUAAACAGCUACAGAAACAAAGGGAAGAAAACAAAGUAAGACGACAAAUGGAGCUGCUUCAGUUGGUAGAAAGAAACACCCCUGGAAAUCUCUGCCAAAAGAAGGGCAGUUCUUCAGACAGGUCUCCUUCACCUCACCAGGAAAUGAAUAGGAAGAAUAAGGGACAUGCAGUCAGAAAGGGCGAACAAUUACAUAAGAAUCAUUUGAAUGAAGAAAGAUCUGAAUCAGCACCUGUUCCAGCAGUUAAGAACAGAUUACACCAAGGACAACAAAAACAGAUACAUACUUCUAAUUUCCUGGCGCUUAACAACGAUAGUAGAAGAGAGAAAAGUAUCAACACGCAUACACAACAAAGGAGCUCCCCUACUCCAGUUACCGAACCUGGGAGGCCUCCUUCUUCACACUUUAUUCCAUAUGUUCGAACAAAUGAAGUGUAUUAUCUUGAUCCAGAUGCGCCAGUGACUAGGCCUUCGACACAUGACCCACAAUAUCAACAGUUUAAUGAUUCUUACCCAACAUCCCGACAGAUUUUUAGCUCUGAUCAUGUUAGAGAUCCUCUUCUAAAUCCUGAUGUGGUUAAAAUCAGAGAGAGACAACAAGCAAUUCUCAAAGGAUUGUCAGAAUUACGCCAGUAAAUUGAAGCAGUGCAAAAGAUAACUGGUAACUAUGAAGGUACAUAUUUUUCUGUUUGGAGCCAGAAUACUGGAAAAAAGAUGUUACGUUUAGUUUUUAAACAUGGAUGAAUUUGAUAUUCCACCUGCGAACAGCAAAGUGUGGCCCACAGCAGAUUUAGACUGCAGAUCUGGACAGUCACAGAGACUGUUUCUUUUUAUGCUGCUAUAUGGCCUGAGAGGGGACUGCAAGACAGAAGGGGAAGUUCUUCUUUAAGCUUGCAUUUCUUCCUUGAAGAACAUUAAAAAUCCAUGUAUGUCAGUAUCUUCUCUUGUUUUUGAAUGGCUCCAUACUAAAAGUAGUAUUUUGCUAGCAGUGCCAUUUAUUCUUCCAUGCCUUAAGGCAAUAAAUUGCAUAAGUGAUCUAAAUAAAAGGAAGAAAGCCUGACAGACUUCAGUGCAACAGAAUGGCCAGUGGUGAAGUGUUCUAAUUACCUGCUGUGCUUUUGGAAGACACAGUUCCACUCAUACCUCAGCAGUAGGCAGAUUCUUUGCACAAUGAAGGAUCGUGGUUCUCCUCAAGAUGAAGUCACUAGGAGACAGAGUGAUGGCAUAGUUAACCUGUAAGUUAAGAAAAAAAAAUGUAACACAAGAACACUAAAAAUUUGAUAGUUUCUAAAGGCUUCCAAGUAACUUUGACUGGAUCAGGUCUCUCUCUCUCUCAAUGCUCAUUAACACUUCUGUUAAUUAUCCACAACCUUUAAAUAUUCUGUAUCCAGGCUUCAUUUGCAAAUAGUAUUCUGGUUAAGAGUGAAGAUAGCUUCAAAGCACAAAUUGAUCGUUGUGCUUGCUGAAGUGAACAAAAGCCAUGAAUACUUAAAAGAGUUUUAAGGUACUAAUGUCAGUGAUGGCAAACUUGAGACAGAAGCUUGGGGCUAUUAUUUUUGCUGUAUAGUGUGCAUUCAGGUCUUUACAGUAGCUGAAAACUAAUGUAAAAGUUAAGUCUUUCAAAGGACCUUGGUUCUGAAAGAGAGUUAAUUUAAAUCACAUAAAGUUCUUUUUCAAAUUAUCUUAGCAGCAGUAGAAUGCAUAUAGGAUAUUAACUGUUGAACUUACAUACUCUUCAUUGUAUACUUCUGCUGAUGACAGCUGUUGUGCAUUAGUAUUUCAUUGAGAAAGGAAAAGUAAUGAAAUGAAUGAAAUAUAAUUUAGCUAAAGAAUAGUUUUAUUUUUCUGUUCCAGAAGGUAAUUUAUUCUUUUUUCUUUUUUUUUUUUUUUUUAAUAAUGAUACAUACAUGUAUAUAUAGAGAGAGAGUGAGCAAGCUAUAUAGGACUGAUGUUUUCCAGGAACUCUGAAGUAAUUUCUGAAACACAAAUAGCUGGGUGUAAAGUGGUCCUUCUGUCUGGGGAAAUUCAAAACAUAUUUGACCAUUCUUCAGUCUUUGAAAUAUACAACCAAAUAGAGUGACAGAUAAAUAUCAGGAUGUUUCAGUAACAUUCUAGCUGCUGUAACUAGCUACUCCAUGGAAGACACCAGUAAGACUGGAUGGCAGACGAAGAUUAAAAAAAAAAAAAUGCACAUCCUUGUGCUCCUCCACCAAAGGGAGAGAGUGUGUCAUUGCAUCUGUUAUGAGACAGCAAGUCACACUUCGUCAUGGUUGCUGCAGUGAAAUCUUUUCUUGUAUUUCAGAUGAUAGCAGUAACAGGAACUACAACAGACUUUUAUUUUCCUUGUUUAAAUCAAAAUAGUCACUGGACUAAGCCCAAGUUUCUUCAUGCAGGAAAAAGAGCCAAAGCUUUUUUUUAAAAAAAAAAAAGAAAAAAAAAAAGAAAAGUUUUAAUAAAGAAUAAAAAAAUUUGCCAGCAGGUUGUAGCCUGCAAUAGCUAUGUAAUCUUGCUAGCCACCAGCAGGCCAUCAACAUGCAAAGAAAGAUCUCACUACUUGUCCCUAUCUAUAUCAUUUACCUUACUUUUGUCUAGGCAGCUUUUAUCACCUUUGCAAACCAUGUGAAUAGAAUUUGUUCUGGUUUUCGUUUCAUCUGGUUAUUUAUUUGUUGCUCACCACUGCUCUGAGUCAUUUAAGGCAAAAUUUAUUACAUGACUUUGUUUUGUAACUUGCUCCUAAUUUCAAAAAAACGCUCUUAUAACAAGUGUAAUCAUUGACAAAAGGCUGGAACAAGUUCACUGAUCCAUUAACAUAGUCUAUAGCAGUUAGUGGUGUUGAUUAUUUAAAAAAGCAGUUCUUGAAGUCAUUGAAAGUAGGCGGCUGGUGCACUUGGAAUGACACAAAAUGAAGUAUAACAGGCUGCUUUGCUAACUUAAACCAGUUCUGUAUAAUCUCUCUUGCUCCUUUUCUGUCCCACUGAGAAUACUGUCAAAAUUGUAGGUGCAGCUGCUGGCUGGCAGAAUGUCUAUGCUGAGCUAUAACAUCAUGCUACUAACCCUUAGCUCUAAGAAAGGCCUGAGGAGAAACACUAUUGUAACUCUUAUUUCCUUGGUACCAAACUACUUCUGACAGUUCCAAAAUAGAUAGAGACCAAGGGCCAGGUGUAGCCAUACAUCUGAGCCUGUUAAUUAGUGAGAAGUAUCACCUCUCACCUAGCCAGGGAUACAAUUCCAAGAUACCUUAUUUCAGGUUUACUCAUUGCACAGUACUUAUGAGACCCACUAGCAAAGCAGGAACCUUUUACCUAUACCAACAUCAUAAAACGUCUGCUACUGUUUUAGUUCAAAUGGUAAUGCUCCUUCAUGAGCUGCUGCUGCUGUUCAAGGGUUUAGGCUGGGCUUAUUAAAAAAACCACUUUGUAUAAGAACAUGCUAGAAUACUUCUUCACAGGCUGUAGUUGGGAUCUGCUAUAUCCCAAAUGCAUGGAGUAAGCAAAUUAGCUUCAUACAAGAGAAAGGUCAUUGCUCUCACUUAUAUUCCCUGGAAGCAUCAGCAUAGGCUUCCACUUUUGCAGAGGACAGGAAAUCUUGACAGUUCCUUCUCUUCUGUAUGUAUUAUGUGGUAUACUUUCUUAAGUUGCAUAUUUAAAAAGCAGUGAGCCUUAAUAAGUAAAUGUUUUUAAUGGAUGAAAAAUGCCACUUUAUUAGCUCAGGCUGCAUGAGGAAGGCAGAGCAUUCAGGUUUACAUUCCCUUUAUUUCAGGGCCUCCUGCAGAAACAGAAGGAGUUGGAGACUGGUUUAAUUCCAGCUGUAGCUCAAGAAGAGAACUUUAUUUCACCAUUUUGAAAGGUAUAGAUGAACAUACAGAUUUUUUUUUUUUUUUUAAGGUAAAGGCAGAGCACUUUGUUACUAUAAAAAAUUUUGAAUGAUCGCUGUAUUUUUUUUAAAUGAUUUAACUUAUUAUGUGAAUUUUGACAGACUACAGGGUCAUGUUACUUUUCAGAUUGACGAUACAUUAAAUUAAUGAUGGAUUCUCUGUUUAGAAUGGUCCUCAGGCUGACUGAAGACAUCCAUCCAUUUAGUAUAAACCACUACUCCAGUGUACAGGAUUGUUACCUUUUUUAAUAGGACUGAAAGUGUAUGUAUUUUGAUAAAUAAAAAGAAUUAAGAUGCA